AUUUCCAGGCGCUGCCGGGCGGCUGGGGCCGGGGCCGUGCGGGAGCCUGCGGCGGCAGAAUCCAAGACCAGAUGGCCAAGUGGGGCGAGGGUGACCCACGCUGGAUCGUGGAGGAGCGGGCAGAUGCUACUAACGUCAAUAACUGGCACUGGACUGAGAGGGAUGCUUCAAACUGGUCCACUGAUAAGCUGAAAUCCCUGUUUCUGGCGAUCCAAGUGCAAGGGGAAGAGGGCAACUGUGAGGUGACAGAAGUGAGCAAGCUUGAUGGAGAAGCGUCAAUCAACAAUCGCAAAGGCAAACUCAUUUUCUUCUAUGAGUGGACUAUCAAACUGAACUGGACAGGUACUUCUAAGUCAGGAGUGAAAUACAAGGGACACGUGGAGAUCCCCAACUUGUCAGAUGAAAACAACGUCAAUGAAGUGGAGGUUAGUGUGAGCCUUGCCAAAGAUGAGCCUGACACAACCCUGUUGGCCUUAAUGAAGAAAGAAGGUGUGACAAAGAUCCGAGAUGCAGUAGAAACUUAUAUCAGGACUCUUAAAACAGAAUUCACACAGGGCAUGAUCUUACCUACUCUGAAUGGUGAGACAAUAGAUCCAGCCCCGCAGCUGCCAGUGAAAGCUGAGGAGUCCAAAGUCAAACCUGGUACUUUGGCAAGUCAGCCUAAAACCGUUGGCGUCAAGAUCCCUACCUGCAAGAUCGUUCUGAAAGACACUUUCUUAACAUCACCAGAGGAGCUCUUUAGGGUGUUUGUCACCCAGGAGAUGGUUCAGGCCUUCACCCAUGCUUCUGCUGUGUUGGAAGCAGAUAAGGGGGGAAAGUUCCACUUAUUGGAUGGCAAUGUCACUGGGGAGUUCUUAGAUCUGGUCCCUGAAAACAAGAUUGUGAUGAAAUGGAGGUUUAAGUCUUGGCCUGAUGGACACUUUGCUACCAUUACCUUGACUUUUAUUGACAAAGAUGGAGAGACAGAGCUUCUCAUGGAAGGCAAAGGCAUCCCAUCACCAGAGGAGGAACGGACAAGACAGGGCUGGCAGCGGUACUAUUUUGAGAGCAUCAAACAGACCUUUGGCUAUGGCGCACGCUUAUUCUAACGUUAACUUCUCCAGGGCCACGGCCCACCCAGCAGCUCAGUCCAGCUCUCUACUGUCCUGCAGCUGUGACUGGCAGGAUUGCACCAUCCCAACCACUACUGUGGGGCCUAGGCUCCCUCCCCAUUCAUAUACCGUGGGUUCGUGCAUGUUUUCUGCUGGGCGGGAUCAGACAGUGAAUUCUCUUUUAUGUGUACAUACGCUAAAUAAACAUAACUUAAAAAAAA